AUGCUUUGGGCUGCUGUUGAUCACCAAGGAGAACUUAUUUAUGAACGUGCAAAGCUUGUGGUAAUAUGGCUCAGAAGUGACGAGCAUAUAACACACCCUGUCUGGCCAGAGCCGAAGAAAAUGGCGCCUUUUGAGAUGUCAGAACAUACCCAACAACUACAAGACCAACGGUUACUAUUUAACUACUUAAUGAAAAUAUGCUCGAAUGAAUAUUGGACCAGACUUUGGAUUAUUCAAGAGAUUGGCAAAGCCAGAAAACUCAUCAUCUCCUUUGGAUCCGAGCUCAUAGACUGGCAACGAUUUGUGGAGAUCAUUACCCUACCCUGGCCACAAACCAUGGGAAAUAUGGAAGAGACCGAAGGGCCAGGCGGAACAAGGCUUCCAGGAACCCCAUUCUCGCAUACAGUUCCCUGGAGGCUUUACUAUCAGUUGCUAAACAAAUAUGAUGGCGGCCACAAACUGCAAAACCUCCUGGUCAAUCACCGACAGGCUUUAUGUAAAGAACCAAGGGAUAAAGUAUACGGUUUGGUUGGUCUGGCUACCGAUUGCUAUGCCGGUUUUCCUAUGGACUAUCGGAAAACACUAUAUGAAGUCUGGAAGGAUACCGUCCUCUUCAAAAAUUCCGAUACCGAAGUUCACCAAGGGGACAUUCUGAAGUUUGGUAAAUUGGUGCGGGACUCUCUUGGUGGCCCAGGCAUAACGACGAUGAAAGAGAUUUUUGAAGACGCCUUUUUAAAGAUGCCUCAGAAGGGAAAUCGCGAUCAAUCUCCUAAUGCCGAUAACCCUACAGUUUUAAAGAUUCCAGCCCGCUUAGUGGGUCGUAUUGUGCAUCUGGGUCCUUCAUAUGAACAAAUCAUGACCGAUCUUUCGAAAACUGCAGAUUGGAGGUUGUCUAUUCAACAUCAUCUCCCCACCAAAAUUCAAGCUAGCGUACAAGAAGAAAGUGACUUAUUCUUGGAGCUGCUAGAAGGCUUGGACAAGUGUGGUCUUAAAAUCGUGUCGACGUGUGAUUUCGAUGUUUCCUGGCUUCCAGAAAAGAUGCCGCAAGGUCUGUCUGACCCGUAUGUAACAUCUGAGAAACCGGAUCUAGGAGAUAAGCCUUUGUUGCGUGAGUGGCCACUCCAUUCAUCAUUUCACAAACCGGAAUUUCUUCCCACGUCACCUGCAAAUGGAGCACGAUUAUUUCUUCUCGACAAUUCCACCGGGGAAACGUCAGUCUUGGACGGGAAACCCAUAACAAAAUCGGACGCACCUAGGAACAUGGGUCUCGGACCGUCAGUAGCUUGUGUGGGGGAUUAUUUGUGCGAAAUCGUGGGCAUCAAACGGGCGGCAAUCAUCAGGAGGAGUAAGAAUAAGUUGAGCUUCAUUGGGACUGCUGGCUUAGCACAGCAAGCGCAUCAUACUCGGAAAAUUGUAAAUCCCUCGCCCGAUAGAAUAUCCUCUCAAUUUGGCCUGCCAAAAUUCGAUUGUCCAUCGCCUGAUGAAACGGUGAAGUUGUAUCUUUACGUACCUUUGGCAUAUCAGCUUUUGGACUAG